AUGGGCAAAGAUACCUUCGAGCUGGCCGGCCAGCAAUGGCCCAAGGUGACUUGGUGGAAAAUGAAGGGGAUGCGCUUUGUUUACCUCACUUUGUGGGCCGCAAUGAUCACUUCUGCAACCAAUGGAUACGAUGGCUCUCUUAUGAAUGGCCUGGAAGCUAUGGAUUCCUGGAAUGAAUCCUACAGUCAUCCCACCGGAUCCACUCUUGGUCUUCUUGCCGCUUCUAUGUCGAUUGGCUCAAUGCUUUCUAUCCCCGUUGUGCCAUAUGUCGCAGAUAUUAUGGGUCGCCGAGCCGGUGUUGUGAUUGGCUGCAUCAUCAUGCUUUUUGGUGUUGCAAUGGUUUCCAUUGGCUACAAAAUCGCCUUAUUUGUGGUCGGUCGUAUAAUUCUUGGAUUCGGUCUUGGUAUUGCACAGGAAUGCGCACCACUUCUGGUCACUGAGCUGGUACAUCCCCAGCACCGAGCUAUCUACAGUACUAUUUACAACUCGCUUUGGUAUGUGGGUAGCUUGAUCGGUGCAUGCGUUGCAUUGGGCACAAAUCAUAUCCAUGGGAGUGAAUGGUCGUGGCGUGUUCCAUGCCUCUUGCAAGGAAUCCCUUCUAUCUGUCAACUGGUUUUCAUCUGGACUGUCCCCGAAUCUCCUAGAUGGCUGAUUUCCAAAGGAAGACUCGAACAGGCCAAGAAGGUUCUGGCAUAUGUCCACGCACAAGGUGACGAGGAUGAUGCUCUAGUCAAUGUGGAGUUUGAAGAGAUCCAGCAGACAAUUGAACUGGAGAAACAGUUUGAAGGUAAUAGCUGGUCCGAAUUUUGGUCCACACCGGGUAACCGACAUCGUUCGAUUAUCCUCAUUUCGAUUGGGUUUUUCUCCCAGUGGUCUGGCAAUGGAAUCGUUUCAUACUUCUUACCUCAGGUCUUGAAACUCAUUGGGAUCACCAACAGUAACACAGUCCUGACAAUCAAUCUCAUUCUCAGUGCGGUAAAUGUUGUUUCUGCUACUGGUAUUUGCUUUUGGGUCGAUUACUUCGGACGACGCAAACUUUUCCUCACAUCCAGUAUCAGCAUGUUGCUAUGCUACAUCGCAAUGACUAUCGCGCUUGCAAGGUUCUCUAUUGAGUCUAACGAUGCUUCUGCACGAACCGUGCUCGUCUUCAUCUUCCUUUACUACAUUGCCUACAAUAUUGGAUUCAGCGGUUUGCUGGUUUCCUACUCAUCCGAAAUUCUGCCUUAUCGCCUUCGUGCCAAGGGCCUGACGAUCAUGUUUUUCUGUGUUGAUUUGAGUCUCUGGUUCAACCAAUAUGUGAACCCUAUCGCCUUGUUGGACAUCGAGUGGAAGUACUAUAUUGUUUAUUGUGUCUUCCUAGUGUUUGAGAUUUUUGUUGUCUGGAAAUAUUACAUUGAGACAAAGGAGAUUCCGCUGGAAGAAAUUGUGAAGAUGUUCGAUGGAGAUCGAGCGAUUCUCGGCGGAGCUGCUGCAACAGAUAAGGCCAAUCAGCUUAUUGCCGAUAACGCAGGACACGUGGGUGGGGAUAGCGAGAAGGCAAUCACGACACAGGUUGAGCUUCAUUCCUAG